UUCAAGAUGGUAGCCACAAUUUUCUUUCAACUUGUCUUGGUGGGGCUACUAGCCCUAUCAACAGAAGCAAACGACGAUUGCGAUGACGUUAUCGUGAAUUGUUUCGUAAACCCCUGUGAUUAUUCCGUGUGUUCCGCUAACCCUGAUGCUGAGUGCCGAUCAAACUACUGCGGCGGAUGUAACGCUGAUUUUUACGUUGAUGACGUCCAAGUGAACUGUUCUGCAUGCCCCGAGGGUAUGACCUUUAACGAGUGCGGCUCAGGUUGUGGUCCGUCCAGCUGUGAUAACCUUUCCAAUGAUAUCUGUCCUCUGUUCUGUUUUGCUGGGUGCUUCUGUCCAGAAGGACUGGUCAAGGAUCGAGAUGGCGGAGACCACUGCAUACCCUUGGAUCAGUGCCAAGACGAUUGCGAUGACGUUAUCGUGAAUUGUGUCGUAAAUCCCUGUGAAGUUUCCGUGUGUUCCGCUUAUCCUGAUGCUGAGUGCCGAUCAAACUACUGCGGCGGAUGUAACGCUGAUUUUUACGUUGAUGACGUCCAAGUGAACUGUUCUGCAUGCCCCGAGGGUAUGACCUUUAACGAGUGCGGCUCAGGUUGUGGUCCGUCCAGCUGUGAUAACCUUUCCAAUGAUAUCUGUCCUCUGUUCUGUUUUGCUGGGUGCUUCUGUCCAGAAGGACUGGUCAAGGAUCGAGAUGGCGGAGACCACUGCAUACCCUUGGAUCAGUGCCAAGAAAGUUGUGAGGGUGAAGGCGAGUUCUUCAAUGACUGUGGCUCGCCUUGUGGUGAGCCUUCAUGUGACGAGAGAGACAGAGGAAAAGGAGAAUGCAUAGAGAGUUGUCAACCUGGAUGCUUCUGUGACAGCGCCAAUGGAUUCAUCCGCGAUGAGAACAAUCGAUGUAUUCAGGAAAAUGAAUGUCCACCACCAAGAUGUGAUGGUGAAGGCGAGUUCUUCAAUGCAUGUGGUUCAGCUUGUGGUGUGGAGCCUUCGUGUGACGAGAGAAACGGGGGAGUACAAUUAAUCUGCAUUACGGUUUGUCAACCUGGAUGCUUCUGUGACCGCGCCAAUGGAUUCAUCCGCGAUGAGAACAAUCGAUGUAUUCAAGAAAAUGAAUGUCCACCACCAAGAUGUGAUGGUGAAGGCGAGUUCUUCAAUGACUGUGGCUCGCCUUGUGGUGAGCCUUCGUGUGACGAGAGAGAUAGAGGAAAAGGAGUCUGCAUUAAGAGGUGUCAACCUGGAUGCUUCUGUGACAGCGCCAAUGGAUUCAUCCGCGAUCAGAGCAAUCGAUGUAUUCAAGAAGAGCGAUGUCCACCUCCUGGCCAAUGUACCAACGAAGGAGAAGUGUAUAGGGUAUGCAGUUCUCAUUGCGGAGAAGCAACAUGUGAGGGCGUUCCACAGGUUCGCUGUGCAAAUCUGUGCCUAUCACUGUGUCUCUGCGACAACGAUAACGGUUACGUCAGAGGACCAAACGGUGACUGUAUCCUUCUAAGCAACUGUCCACGUAAUCACUAUUUUAAUAUUUUAUAUUAUAAAAUUGUUUAG